CAUAAUUUUGAAUCCAAGAAAAAACCAAAUAUAAAUGAUGAUUAAUAAAAUAUGGCAAAUCGAGAUUCUUAUAGCUGUAUUCAUACAUUCAUUCAUCAUUCUUGUUGAAGCUCAAGAUAUCUCUAUAAUUCGAAUGUGCGUUAAAAUGGGGAUGACAGCUAAAAAAUGCGAGGAUAUGAGUAGAGCCUUCAAUUCUCAAGGGUGGCCAGAACAAUUGGAAUGUGUCAUAACCAAAAACGAUUAUGAAUGCAUGCGAAAGAUUGAAAAUUCAGGGGCUGACAUAGUUAAUUUAGAUUCAGGGUUAGUGUACAUAGCAGGAGUUCAUUAUAGUAUGGUUCCUUUAUUGGCCGAAAGCUAUGGGCCAGAAUCAAAUUCCCAGCCUUCUUACAAAACUAUCGCCUUGGUUAAGACCAAUUCUCAUAUAAAUUCCUUGGCAGAUCUAAAAGGAACCAAAUCUUGUCAUACAGCUGUUGGAAUGAGCGCAGGGUGGAUUAUUCCUAUAGGAGUAUUAUAUGAAAAAAAUUUACUACCAUCCUUCGAUUGUGACAACCCGGUAAUAGCUAUAUCAAAAUUUUUCAAUGGGAGUUGUGCUCCUAACGCCCUAAUUAAAGACAACAACUUAGGUUUCAACCCCUCUAGCGUUUGCAGCGCAUGCUCCAAUAUACAUAUGCAAUGCAUGGGUUACGAUAGAUUUGCCGGAGAACAAGGAGCUUUUGAAUGCCUAAAAGCGAAUAAAGGAGAUGUCGCGUUUUUAAGAGAGUCUACACCGAUCAUUUUGCUCAAGGAGUACGAAAAUAUAGAAAUAGGAUUUCAACCGCAAGAUUAUUCGCUUUUAUGCUUAAACGGUGAAAAAAGACCCGUGAACGAUUUUGAAAAUUGUCAUUGGGGUUUCGUCCCCGGGAAUGCUAUUAUGACUCUAUCUUCCCAGAGCGAGGAAAACAAAACUAUAUUCAAAAAUUACUUCCUACGAGCCCAAGAGGUGUUUGGGAUUAAUUUACACGUUAACGCUUCCUUCACAGAAUCAAGCUUUAAAAUGUUUAAUAGUGUACCGUAUCGUAAUGUUGACAUCUUAUUCUCGGACACAACGUUAAAAUUAGUGGAUGUCAAAGAAAGAAAUACAUUUAGAUCAUACCUAGGAAGUGAUUAUCUUAAAGUGAUAGAAAAUAUGAGAAGGUGUGAUGUGAAACCCAUAAUUUGGUGUGUAAUAUCGAGGAACGAAUUGAACAAAUGCGAAAGGAUGCGUCUAUCUUUCAAAGCCAAGGAUUUUAUACCGGCUAUCAAAUGCACUCAAGGGAAAUCGAAAAAUCAUUGCAUGGAUAUGAUUGCCAAUGGGGAUGCUACUAUGUCGCUCUUUGAGGCAGCUGAAAUCUACGAGGCAGGAAAGCACUAUAAUCUGAUUCCUAUUAUUGCCGAAAACUAUGGAUUGAUAAAACCAGAAUAUCACGCCGUUGUAUUAGCUAAGAGAAGUGAUCUUGAAACCAAUUUUCUCUCCCUAAAAGGUAAGCGAACAUGUCACGGCGCCUUCGAAAGCGGAGCUGGUUGGUACAUCCCUAUAUUCCAGCUAGAAACUUCAGGCCAGAUGCGAGUAUUACCCUCUGACAAAUGUCGCUUGGGUAAAUCAGCCUCUGAAUUUUUCCAGCAAAGUUGCGUUCCUGGUGCCUUAUCACCCAUUUACGGCGGAAAGCAUAAAAGAGCUAAUAUUAACGGGCGUAACUUGUGCGAUUUAUGCAUUGGAACAGGCGACGACUUUUGCCGGAGAAACGAUGCGGAGCCAUUCUACGGGGAUAGUGGAAGUUUACGGUGUCUAGUAGAAGGGGGUGGACAGGUCGCAUUUGUUAGGCACACUACAUUGGCUGACAACGCUGACGGAAGAAAUGGGCAGAACUGGGCUCGGUUCUUGAUAUCGGGAGAUUUUGAAUUGCUUUGCAAGGACGGCAGUAGGGCGUCAGUUAAGGAAUGGGAAAGAUGUUACUUGGAAAAAGUUCCAUCUGAUGCUAUAAUGGUCUCGAGGGAAAGGAGUGCAAAAGAAAUUAGAGCUUACGAAGAUCUGUUUAUGACGGCCCAAGAGUUUUUUAGUGGGCGGGGGGAAAGCAAUUUUUACAAUAACGAGCAGGCUAAUUAUGGCAGCAUGGACUUCAAGCUGUUUGUGUCGCAAAGUAAAGCCAAAAAUAUUAUUUUCAAUGACGCAGCUAUAAAAUUGACCCGUUUACCGGAAGAAAAUCAAAAUUAUGAAAAUUAUUUAGGGGACGAAUUUAUACAAAUCAUGGAAUCGGUUAAGUGCGGGUCUAUUAUAUCCUUACCCAAUUUUUUGCUCAUCAGCAUUUCCAUCAACAUAAUAAUUUUUGUGACGCCCUAAAAAUUUUCACCCUUUAAUAUGGCAUAUAUAUUUUUAUAAUACUC